AUGUCAGGACAAUUCAUCGAAAAGCUGACUGCCGAAGGUGGCGGUGAAUCAGCAGAGUUCUUGAAUGACAUCGUGAAGUACUUGUGGCCCAACAUCAAUGCCGCAGGUAGUAAAAUGGUCAAGGAGAUCGUGGAGCCCAUGUUCAAGACGAUGCUGCCUGGCCCCCUGGCCACGCUGCACUUUACCAAGAUCGAUCUCGGCCCUGUUCCUCUACGACUGUCGAAUGCAAAGACAACAAAGAGUGAAGAACAUGGCAUCAUACUGGACCUGAACGUCGAUUGGGUGGGCAAAGCCGACAUCGAACUGGAUGCAGACAUGAUCCCUGCCCUCGGCGUCAAAAGCGUGCAGCUUCAUGGCAGGCUUUCCAUACUGCUAUGUCCUCUCACAAAUGUCAUACCACUGAUCGGAGCCGCCCAGAUUGCAUUCAUCAACCCACCAGUUCUGAAGCUUGAUUUUACCGGCGCUGCCAACGUGGCCGACUUCUCCCUCAUCGACGACACCGUCCGCAAGGUGAUUCUCGGCAUCAUCAACUCCAUGUUGACCCUUCCCAACCGAAUGCUGGUCAAGCUUGACCCCAGCUGCGACUACUUCAAAACGUACCACUACCCACUUGGCAUGGUGCGGGUGACUGUGGAAAAGGCGUGGGGGUUCGGAGAGGAGGCUAAGUCGUCGACGAGAAAGUUUUUCAACAAGUUGACCCGUGCCGCCCCAGACUGCUAUGCCAAGGUCGACGUUGGUGGGGAGAAAUCGUGGAAAACUGCCACCAGGAACAAUACGAACAGGCCGUCGUGGAACGAGACACAUGACUUUGUAGUGAGUGAUUUUGAUCAGUGCAUCAAGGUGGACGUAUUGGAUGAAGAUAUCAACGGAGAUGAUGAAGUCGGCCUUGCCGUGACGACCGUCCGAGAGGUUUUGGUGGCCGGAGGUAGGCAAGAGCUGCCACUAGUUCACAAGGGCGAGGAAACAGACGGCAGAGUCUCCAUCUCGUGCGAAUUCUUCAAGUACGUGGCCGAUGCCGGUAGCCUCACUGCUUCCGACCACAAAGGCGACGGCCGCCUCUCCGGCAUGGCCACCAUCCUCGUCGCCAGUGCAUUUGGCAUUAAGGGCCUGCGCGAAGCCCUGAAACCAAGCGUGGUCGUGACUUGGGGGAAGAAUCACCGAUUCCAGACGGCCGUCAAGACCGACGCUCCCGGCACCGACAUCAGCAAUCCCGCAUUCGACCAGGCGUUCCGACUUCCCAUCACCACCGAUCUCGUCGGCAGCAGUCCGGACGACUUCCGCAUUUCGCUUCUAAACGGCGAGAAGGAGAUCGGAGCCGUCGAUAUCCCUUUUGCGAGUGUGGCGGAUGCGCCCAACAAGAUCCUCCAGCAGAAAUUCGACGUAGGUGGUGGAGCUACGGUCAGGGCCAGCAUUCGCCUCGAAGGCAUUGUCCCGGGAGAGAUGCCCCAGCACGGAGCAGCGCUUCCUGAAAGACACAAGUAA